AACAACCUUUUCGUUUGACGUUUGUUAUCUAUAGAUUAUUUGGAAUAUAAGUCGCAUUUCAGUCGUCCUCCUCCAGAAGAGAAGCAGCGGCAGCAGACAAAACAAGGAGUCCUAAUCGCAAUAAAACUAUUUAUACAUUUUCUUGGAACACGUUAGUGGUAACGAAUCUCAAGAUGACUACAUACUUCAGCUAUCCCUCCGAAGAGUUGCAAAAGGAGCUCAGCCGCAUUGCUCAGGCUAUUGUUGCUCCUGGCAAAGGUAUUUUGGCUGCUGAUGAGUCCGUUUCCACCAUGGGCAAACGUUUGAAGGACAUCGGUGUGGAAAACACUGAAGACAAUCGUCGUCAGUACCGCCAACUUUUGUUCACUACAGAUCCUAAAGUAUCCGAGAACAUCUCCGGUGUUAUUUUGUUCCACGAAACUUUGUACCAAAAGGCCGAUGAUGGUACUCCAUUCGUUGAAUUGUUGAAGAAGCGUGGUAUUAUUCCCGGUAUCAAGGUUGAUAAAGGUGUUGUACCAUUGAUGGGCUCUGAAGAUGAAUGCACCACCCAAGGUUUGGACGAUUUGGCCAGCCGCUGUGCCCAGUAUAAGAAAGACGGUUGUGAUUUCGCCAAGUGGCGCUGUGUUUUGAAGAUUGGCAAAAACACCCCCUCUUACCAAGCUAUCUUGGAAAAUGCUAAUGUGUUGGCUCGUUAUGCAUCCAUCUGUCAGUCCCAGGGUAUUGUCCCCAUUGUUGAACCAGAAGUUUUGCCCGAUGGUGAUCACGAUUUGGAUCGCGCACAAAAGGUUACAGAAACUGUAUUGGCCGCUGUUUACAAGGCUUUGAACGACCACCAUGUCUUUUUGGAAGGUACUCUCUUGAAACCUAACAUGGUCACAGCUGGACAAUCCUGUGCUAAAAAGUACACACCAGAACAAGUUGCUUUUGCCACCGUUACAGCUCUACGUCGCACUGUUCCCGCCGCCGUUCCCGGUAUCACCUUCUUGUCUGGUGGCCAAUCUGAAGAGGAGGCUUCCGUUCACUUGAACGCCAUUAAUAACGUCCCAUUGUUGAAGCCAUGGGCUUUAACCUUCUCAUAUGGUCGUGCCUUGCAAGCCUCAGUACUCCGCGCCUGGGGUGGAAAGAAGGAAAACGUUGCCGCUGGUCAAAAUGAAUUACUUAAACGCGCCAAGGGUAAUGGUGAAGCUGCUGUUGGCAAAUACGUUGCCGGCAGUGUAGUUGGCGCUGGUGCAGAUGCUACACUGUUUGUUGCCAACCACGCCUACUAAAGACGGGUCGUCCUGUUUCAAAUGGCAAGAGAUUGGAAGUUAAUUGUUUGGCAAUUUAUCUUUAAGUAAUACAUUUAGCCCAUUAUUUGAUGAAGACAAGA